AUGGCGCUCGGUCCCCUGGGCCGCUUCUUCUUCCUCCAGCGCCCUUCUCUCUCCACUACUUGGUUCGCGGCGUUGUGUGGCUCGGUCUCCUGCUGUUGGGCCGUUUUCUUCGCGCCGUUCCCUGGCCCAGGGAUACAGUAUCCCGACUCAUUCGGCGGAGCGGCCCCUGAAUGCGCGUUCACCUUGGAUCGGAUGGAGUCUGGGGGUGUCGCCGGUCUCUUCUCGUCUGCUCCCCCUCUCGCACAAAGAAGGGAAAAAGACUGGUGGAACAAGGAAGCCGCAUAAUUCGAAAGAUAACAAGUGAUAUCUACAGCAAGGCCCAUGGUUGGAAGCCGGUUGACAGGCGUCUCCAGUGACAUUUUGCUGCUGAUAAUACAUCUUGUGCUUCUGGAUGUAUUUAGUGUGUCUGCUUUUGGUAGAUAAAAACUAGCUUUUUAGUCAUUUCUGGUGAUGCGAUGUUCCUGGCUGCUUUUGGGAUCUAUCCUUUGUAGAUAUUCAGUGAAGUCUGUUAGACUGUCGGACUUCUUCUGGUUUGCUGUGUUCCUUCAGUUGGGUUUCAUACCUCUGUGUAGCUGAUAAUGUGGUAGGCUUAUCGGCUUGUGACUGUUGGAUUUGUCGUGAAUUCUGUAAGAACUGUGUUUGGUUUCUAUUUUUUAAUGAAAUAGGGGGUAUCCCAUUGUCAAAAAAA